AUGGGGUCUCUGAGUCUGGCCUGUGUGGCUGCAGGGGAGGCUCUGCGGGGCUGCUGUGGGCAUGGCCGGUGUCAGACUUCUGCUCUGCUAUGGCGGGGCCGCACUGGAGGGGGAAUGGGCAGGAAGCUGUUUAUAGCUGUGAAGGGCCUCAGAGCUGUGCUGCCGCCCAGGGGGUUACGGCGUCUGGAGUUCCCCUGGAUUCCUAGCUGCUGCGCUGAGUGCACCAGGAUGCUUCCGUCCAGCUCUUUGCAAGAUAGAAAUUACUCCCGCUUUACAAAUGAAGAUAUUGAGCCUCAGAAAGUUCACCGGGUGAGUGGGAAGCAAGCUGUCCUGGGGAUUUUCUUUUUGCUUUUGUUGGGAAUAGGAGUAUUUGCCUUAUGGAAACGAAGUGUUCAGUCAAUUCAGAAAAUAAUCUUCUUUGUAAUCACACUUUACAAACUUUACAAGAAUGGCUCAGUCUUUCAGAUUUUGCUGGCCAACCCAGAAGUGAGUGGUCUUCCAGUUCAAGACAAUAAUUUCUUCCUGUCGUUGGGUCUGCAAGAGAGAAUUUGGAAAACACUUCAGACAAUAGAAAACAAAGUGAAGGACCUGGAGGGGAUGAUCAUUUCCCAAAAACUUGCCCUGAAGAGGGACUGCUCCUUUAAGCCCUACUGCAGCUGCUCAGACUGCUAGAGUCCCUCGCCCACAUCAGGGUUUACUUCCACAUCUGAAAUGUGA